GCUUGUUUUUGGCCAUCUACUGACCAAGUAUUACAAUCAACUGAAAUGUGUGGCAAAUAACGCACAGUUAAAUCGAGAAUCACAUGGGAUUUAUGAUAUAUUAAAUGAUAAGUGUCCCCUCCCCCAACCUCCCGACAUCUCUGCUUGAGCCUUGAUCGUUUCCUUGGCUUCCUCCUUCCCGUAUCGCAGAUAACCGGCGGACCACGCGUGUCACAUCGUCCCAAUUCAUAUACCCAAUACAACACACCACCAUGAGUUCAGUGGACUUUUUCGCCCAGGACAAAAUCUGGUUUGAGAAACCUCGCUAUGAUGAGGCAGAGAGGCGCUUCUACGAGAAGCAGCCUGGGCCUUCAGAAGAAACCCAGGAUGCAGGAGCUAACAGCAUUCUUCAGGACAUCGCAAGAGCGAGGGAAAACAUCCAGAAGUCUCUAGCAGGAACUACUGGCACGGGGGCCGGGGAUCAAGGGGAACUUGUAUCUCGCAUGAAGACUUUGGAACAGGAGAACCAGAGCCUGCAAAAAGUUGUGGAGGACCUGAGGUCAGCCCUGUCCAAGCUGGAGAGUCGAGUGGCAGUUCUGGAGAAGUCUCCGGUUGCAGCUGCGUCGGCGCCCGCUGCCCCCUGCACAAACGGAACUGCAACCAAGCAACAGAAAAGCAGCGCGCCAGUAGACGAGGACGACGAUGACGAGGAUGAUGACUUUGAUCUGUUUGGCAGCGACGAGGACGACACAGAAGCUGAGAAAAUCAAACAGCAGCGGGUGACAGAGUAUGCAGCAAGGAAGGCCAAGAAGCCCGCCCUCAUCGCAAAGUCAUCCAUUUUGUUGGACGUCAAGCCUUGGGACGACGACACGGACAUGGGGAAGCUGGAAGAGUGCGUGCGCUCGAUACAGGCAGACGGCCUGCUGUGGGGUGUGUCCAAGCUGGUCCCGGUGGGCUACGGCAUCCGGAAGCUGCAGAUCGCCUGCGUGGUGGAGGACGACAAGGUGGGGACGGAUUUGCUGGAGGAGGAGAUCACCAAGUUUGAGGACUACAUCCAGAGUGUUGAUAUUGCUGCUUUCAACAAGAUCUAAGUGCAGCAUGUGUUUCCUGUCUCCAUCCAUUCUCUCUGCUGAUUGUGAACGCUUCAUGUUCGGUUAAUAAUAAAGACUCUUGCACUUCAUCUCCCCUGUCCAAAGUGCAUUCUUAUUAAUGUUUUAUUUCUUUUUUUUUUUUAUUGCAAAAUAUUUUCUUCUGCCUUUUGAUUUGAAUGUUCACAUGUCACCGUCAUUGAUAAAAACCUGGCAGUUGACUCUUGACAUCAUCAUUAUCUUAAUAGGGUUACAAUUAGAGAUGGGAGUAGAGCAUUAGCUGAAACUUAUACUAAUUUAUUACCAUGUCUACUUGGAAUAAAUUGUCAAAUUUGUUUGUUACUCAGCAACGGAACAUAUUUAUUUAAAGCAUAUUGUGUUAAAUACGUAUUCAAUAAAAUAAACGAUGAAAUCAA